AUGGCCAAUUGUUCAGGCGAGAAUUGGCGGGUCUCUGAUGCCGUGGUGUCCGGUACCGUCCGGUUUAAUUCGCCACCUGUUGCUGCUGGAAAUGAAGCGGCUCGGCGUGGUGUUGGGUUUGCCCGACGUCUGCCUUCCCGUUCCUCCUCCUCUAACUCCCCCGAUUCUUCUGUGGUGGAUUCUUCCACCUCCUCCGCUAUAAGCGUUGGAUCUCCUGCCUCCUCCUCAGCUUCAGUGUUCUCCACUCUUCGAGUUAAGGCGCGGCGAGCUUCCCCCUGGAAGCCAUUUUCUGUUCCCCCUCCCCUCUCCGUCGUAACUCCUCGUCUGCCGCCUCGUCCGCCCCGCGAUGCCGGUGUCGCGGCUGAGGGGAUGGUGCCUCCUCACGCACCUCGGUCCGCGCCGUCGUCCGUGACUCAGGCUGGCCCGGUCCCUGCUCCUGCUGUGGCGCCCGCUCCUGUCCCUGCCCUGGUGGUUCCACUUGUCCCCGCGGAGGUGCCUCCAUCCGCGCCUGUUGUCGCGGCGUCGUCGACGGCUGUUGGGGCAGCCCUCCUGCCGCCACUGGCUGCACCCGCCGUGGCGCCUUCUGCUGCUGCGGCGGGCCCGUCUUACCAGCCACCUCUAACCACCAACGCCGGCCCGAGCCUGGCGGAGGUGCAGUCGACGCCUGUGGCGCCUCCGGUUGCUCCGACCGGGCAGCCUCGUCGCCCUCAGUCACCUGGCCGCCGCCCGUCCCGUCCUCAUUCGCCUCUCCUGCAUGAUGAGAGGGAAUCGUCGCGGCGCCGACAGGAUUCUCCUCGGGGCCGCCGAUCCCAGGGGAACUGGACCGCGCGUCCCGGCGGUCGUGGUAGCUGGUGGGGGGGUCGCGGCUAUGGGCGUGGUGCUCCCCUAGAGGAGCCCCCGAUGACUCCGGCGGAAAUCCGACAGCUGGUAACGUCGGCGGUGCGUGACGCGCAAGCUGACGUGGCAGGCCCGAAUCACCCGCAGCAUGCGGCGCCACGUCCUGGCGGUCCUUCUCCAGCUGCCCGUCAUGCCGCUCCUUCUCCUCGCGCUCCCGAACCAUCUGUUGCUGCACGUGGGAACCGUCUGCGCCUGCCGUGGGUUCCUCCUGUGGCGGGCGUGGAGUUCGUGUCAUUGGGGGGAGGGCCGGUGACUCCGCAAUAUCCAACUCUACUGCCUGUGGCUCCUGCUCCUGCGUAUGCUGAUCUUCCAGUGCACCCGCUUGUGGGGCCAAUUCCUUCGGCGGAUGUGCCUGAGGCGUCCCUGGGGCAGCUUUGGCGCCUCUCUGAGGGUUUGCGGGCCGUUCACUUGAUCCAGGUGUAUUGUCACGCGGCACUUUCUCGCGGCGUGCCUCUGGAAGGCGGCCCUCUGGACGAGUGCUCGGAUGCCUCUGACCGGCUUGCCGAGCUCCUUGCGUCCGUGUUGGCUGCGCCUGCACGGGGUGGAGUUGCGGGCGUUGGACAGCUUGGGACUGCGCUCCGUGGUUUGCGCCGGGCGGUGCGCGCAGCGACUGCAGUCGACCUGAUCGGCGCAACCACAGUGGUGGUGCGCGAGCUUCAUCGUUCGUUGACGGGCUUGCUUGCCGUCCUUGAUGCGGAUCAGAUGUAG